AUGAAUUCCGAAGAAACUAUUUUUAUUAAAUCAGAAAAAGAAACCUACAAAGAGAUAAAAGUAGAAAGUAUAGAGCUAAAAUUUGACAAUAAUGUUACAAUAUUACGAGAUGUAAAAGGCAUCUCUUCAAAUAGCAAUAAUAAUAAUAAAUGUUCAAGUAAUAAAAGAUCUGUUAAUAAUGUUGAUAAAGAUCCCGAAACACUUGCUGCAGAGUUAGCCAUUAAAAGAGCAAGAAAUACAGAUGCUGCUCGUCGUAGUAGACAUCGUAAAGUUAUGAAAAUGGAAUCACUUGAAAGCCAAGUUUCAGAAUUAUCAUCAAAAAACCAUACAUUAAAAACUCAUUUAGCUGUAUUGGAAAUUGAAAUAAAAGGUUUAAAUGAGAAAAAUGAAGAAAAUGAUUCAAGAAUUAAAAAAUUAGAAAUUCAAUUGGCUGAAACUUAUGAAAAAAUAAUUACAUCAAAUUGGGAAGAAAUUGUUGAUAAUUUUGAUAGUAUGAAUCUUAAACCUGACCUUCUUCGUGCAAUUCAACAAAGAGCCAUCCUCCCUGUUAUAAAAGGACAUGAUGUAUUAGCUCAGGCACAAUCAGGAACAGGAAAAACAGCGACAUUUUCUAUUUCAAUACUUCAAAAACUUGAUACGGCUAUUAGUCAUUGUCAAGCACUUAUUCUUGCACCAACUCCUUUAAAAACUGAUCAUAUAAAAAUGUUUGUGCUUGAUGAGGCAGAUGAGAUGUUAUCACGUGGCUUUAAAGAACAAAUCUAUGAUGUUUUUCAAUUACUUCCACCUAGUACCCAAGUUGUACUUUUAUCAGCUACAAUGCCAUCUGAUGUUCUUGAAGUGACCACUAAAUUUAUGCGUGAUCCUGUAAGAAUUUUAGUUAAACGUGAUGAAUUGACAUUAGAAGGUAUUAAGCAAUUUUAUAUUGCAGUUGAAAAAGAAGAAUGGAAACUUGAUACUUUAUGUGAUUUAUAUGAAACAGUUACAAUAACUCAAGCAAUCAUUUUUUGUAAUACCAGAAGAAAGGUUGAUUGGUUAACAGAUAAAUUACAUUCCAGAGAAUUUACAGUAUCAGCCAUGCAUGGGGAUAUGGAGCAAGCUCAACGUGAUGUUAUUAUGAAGGAGUUUCGUUCAGGAUCUUCCCGUGUACUUAUUGCCACUGAUAUUUUAGCCCGUGGUAUUGAUGUUCAACAAGUAUCAUUGAACUAUAUUCAUCGUAUUGGCAGAGGAGGACGUUUUGGUAGAAAAGGAGUUGCUAUUAAUUUUGUUACUAGUGAGGAUGUUCGAAUGCUUAGAGAUAUAGAACAAUUUUAUAAUACACAAAUCGACGAAAUGCCAAUGAAUGUGGCAGAUUUGAUCUAA